CCCGCCCCCGCGUCUAACUCUGGGGCCCCGGCCACCCGGGCCUCCCCGCUGCCUGCUGUCCGGGGUCCCGCUGUGUUCUCCCACGCGUUCUCAUGGCUGGAAAGUUGGUGUCACUGGUGCCACCCCUGCUGCUGGCUGCCGCGGGCCUCGCCGGCCUUCUGCUACUUUGCGUCCCUACCCAAGACGUCCGGGAGCCGCCCGCCCUCAAGUACGGCAUUGUCCUGGAUGCGGGCUCUUCACACACAUCCAUGUUUGUCUACAAGUGGCCAGCGGACAAGGAGAAUGACACAGGCAUCGUGGGCCAGCACAGCUCUUGUGAUGUUCAAGGUGGUGGCAUCUCCAGCUAUGCAAAUGACCCCUCUAAGGCAGGCCAGAGUCUGGUCCGAUGCCUUGAGCAGGCCCUUCGGGAUGUACCCAGAGACAGACAUGCUAGCACACCACUCUACCUGGGAGCUACAGCAGGCAUGCGCCUGCUCAACCUGACCAGCCCAGAGGCCACAGCCAGGGUGCUUGAGGCAGUGACACAGACGCUCACACAGUACCCCUUUGACUUCCGUGGUGCUCGCAUCCUCUCGGGACAGGAUGAAGGGGUGUUUGGCUGGGUGACUGCCAACUACCUGCUGGAGAACUUCAUCAAGUAUGGCUGGGUGGGCCGGUGGAUACGGCCAAGGAAGGGAACACUGGGGGCCAUGGACCUUGGGGGUGCUUCGACACAGAUCACCUUUGAGACAACCAGUCCCUCUGAAGAUCCAGGCAACGAGGUUCAUUUGCGACUCUAUGGCCAGCAUUACCGCGUUUACACACAUAGCUUCCUCUGCUAUGGCCGAGACCAGAUUCUCCUGAGGCUUCUGGCCAGUGCCCUCCAGAUCCAUCGCUUCCACCCCUGCUGGCCAAAGGGCUACUCUACCCAAGUGCUGCUCCAGGAAGUCUACCAGUCGCCAUGCACGAUGGGUCAGCGUCCCCGGGCCUUCAAUGGCAGUGCCAUCGUCAGCCUGUCAGGAACCAGCAAUGCUACCCUGUGUCGUGACCUCGUCUCUCGGCUCUUCAACAUCUCCUCCUGCCCCUUUUCCCAAUGCUCCUUCAAUGGGGUCUUCCAGCCUCCCGUGGCUGGAAACUUCAUAGCCUUUUCUGCUUUCUACUAUACUGUGGACUUCCUGACAACAGUGAUGGGGCUGCCUGUGGGAACCCUGAAGCAGCUGGAGGAAGCCACAGAGAUCACCUGCAACCAGACAUGGACUGAAUGGCCAUCUUUGCUGUCCUCUCCAUCCAGCUGUUGGAAGGGGAGAACACAAGGUUCCAGCAGUCACGAGCUUCAGGCCCGAGUGCCAGGACAAAAGACCCGCCUGGCUGACUACUGUGCUGUAGCCAUGUUCAUACAUCAGCUUCUGAGCCGUGGUUACCACUUCGAUGAGCGCUCCUUCAGAGAAGUGGUCUUCCAAAAGAAGGCUGCAGACACGGCUGUCGGCUGGGCGCUGGGCUACAUGCUGAAUUUGACUAACCUGAUUCCUGCCGACCUCCCCGGACUACGCAAGGGCACCCACUUCAGCUCCUGGGUCGCUCUCCUGCUGCUCUUCACAGUCCUGAUCUUGGCGGCGCUGGUCCUGCUCCUGCGCCAGGUGCGUUCUGCCAAGUCUCCAGGCGCCCUCUAGGGGUGAACUGGGAGCCUCUCCCAACUCCCUACUAUCCCUCCCUUCCAGAGGGCAUCUCUGACCCUGAAGCAGCCUGGAAACCAACGUUCCCUAUCUACAUUCACAGAAAGCCUACGUGGGCAGCCCUGAGUUCUCAAUUAAUCCUCCUCUCUCUUCCUAGGAUGUCAGGUCUCAGCCUGUGACUCAGGGUGAGGUCCAUUCGGAGUGGGACUUUUGUUCUGAUCUUCAGGGCCCUGGGAACUUUCUGUCUGGGCCUUUAGAAAGGCAGGCACCAGAGCCUACAGGCUGGGAGUCAGUUCCAUGCCUACUUGUAAAAACUUUUGUAAUAAAAGAUUUUUCCUAGA